AUGGACCACUUCACCAAGAUACCCACACGUAUGACGGAGGGCGAGUCUAGCUCGGAAGAAGAGCAACCUGAAACUCCAGAGAAGGAUGAGGUACCGCAAGAAUAUGAGCUGCCGGACGAGGAAGGUGAAGAGGUGGGGGAGAAUGGGGAAGAAUAUGAAGAUGAAGAGGGAGGAGCAUGA